UCACCAGAGGGAAAGAAGGAGAGAAGCCAACAGGGCACCACGAAGGGUUCUUCUAGCUGAGCAGAGGCCGAAGGGGAAAAAAGACCAAAGGUACCUUGACUCGCAUCCUGAAACUAUGGGUUUGUUAGAGUGCUGCGCCAGGUGCCUGGUGGGAGCCCCCUUUGCCUCCCUGGUAGCCACGGGCCUGUGUUUCUUGGGAGUAGCCCUGUUUUGUGGCUGUGGCCAUGAAGCCCUCACGGGCACCGAGCACCUGAUCGAGACGUACUUUUCCAAAAACUACCAGGACUACGAGUACCUGGUGGAUGUGAUCCACGAUUUCCAAUACGCCAUUUACGGAAUCGCUGGUUUCUUCUUCCUCUUCGGAGCCCUCCUCCUGGCCGAAGGCUUUUACACCACCGGCGCUGUCAGGCAGAUCUUUGGCGACUACAAGACCACCAUCUGUGGCAAGGGCCUCGGCGCUACGGUAACAGGGGGCCACAAGGGGAGGGGUUCCAGAGGACACCGUCAAGCUCACUCUUGGGAGCUGGUGUGUCACUGUUUGGGCAAAUGGCUGGGACAUCCCGACAAGUUCGUGGGCAUCACUUACGUCUUGGCUGUCCUUUGGCUUCUGGUGUUGGCCUGCUCUGCCGUCCCUGUCUACGUCUACUUCAGCACCUGGACCACCUGCAACUCCAUUGCCAACCCCACCAAAACCUCAGCCAGUAUCGGCAACCUGUGCGCUGAUGCCAGAAUGUACGGUGUGCUGCCCUGGAAUGCAUCUCCGGGAAGAGUCUGCGGCCAAAGCCUCCUCUCCAUCUGCAAGACUGCCGAGUUCCAGAUGACUUUUCACCUCUUUAUUGCCGCAUUUGUGGGGGCUUCCAUUACCCUCGUGGCCCUGCUCACCUUCAUCAUUGCCGCCACCUACAACUUUGCAGUCCUCAAACUGAUGGGAAGAGGCACAAAGUUUUAAGCGUGAGCGAAAGAGAGAGCCGCUACCUUCACCAGAUGCUCUUCCUCCUCUUAACUCCCAGCCUUUAACUCAACCAGGCAGUCACGCUGCACCUGGCCGCCGCCUCCUCCUCCUCCCUUAACACCAUCUGACUGCCCUUCCCCCCUUGUGCCAAUGAAGCAGGCCGUGUCCCGAGGAUGGAGGAGAGUCUCUUCAGCACCUACAGUCCUUCUUCACGCUCUCAUCUCCCAGUAGCUCUCUGGGCUCCUCCGGGAACCACCCAACCGAUAUCUGCUUGCUCCAAAGGAGGCCCAGGUGGGCUGAUCAGCCAGCUGAGCCGCCCGGAGACACAGAAGAGCCAGCUCUGCUAGUUCACCAGCUUUCUCUUGCGGUGGCACCAGAGGCGGCGGCGGCAAACACAAGGGCCCCCCCUUGGCCAACUCCCCAUCUCCUGGGCAAGAGGGCUUGGAGCAAGGAUCUUCCCAGGAGGGAAAGAGAGCACUGAGCCACUGCCUUGCGGAGAGGUGACCUUGUCCAUAGCCCCAGCCACCCUCCCAAGAGCAGCGAGGAACCUGGGGAAGGGGCCCUUCUGUCCAUCCUUUGAGGAGCAGGUAAAGCUAGGCCGAUUGGCUCCAGCUUCCUUGGGCCACCCCAGCUGGGCAGAGGUCAGCCUUAUCUUAGGAGCACCCAUAACCAGAAGCUGCCGCGCCUAAUGCUAGGGGCUCCUUCGUUAGAGGAGGGGGGUCGUAACCCUGGGCCGUGUGCUUUCCCUUUGGCCACGAGGGGUGGGACCCAAAGCCUCCGACCGUCACAUUGGUGCUCCCCUCUCCCAGUGACUGCUGCUUCUAUCCUACACCUUCUUCUUUAGGGAUCCUCUGCAGAAUAUAACCCGUAUUUCCUUUCCUUAUCAUUACUUUCCCCCAUUUCUGGCAAAACCGUAAACCAUCCCAGUUAUAUGGAGCCUCCUGUCUCGGUUCCUUGGUCCAACUAGAGAGGUAAAAGAAGAGAAAAUAAAAAAACACCCUGUACAUUCCGGACACGGAUUUCCAUAAAACAAAAAGAAAAUUGAUUUGGUCUCUGUAGGGAAGGAUCAUCCCUGAACUUCACACCAUGAUAUCCAGUGGAAAGAAGGGAUGGACUGGAAGGGUCAUGGAAGCUCUCCCCGACACACACACACACACCCGGCCAGGAGCCUGCUUUGCUUCUUGCCCACGAGGGCAAAGCCCUGGCUGGGAGCUCCCUGGCGAACCAGGCUUAGCCAGUCAGUGCUCAACUCCAACCUUAGGGGUCUAUGUCAGCAAGCGUAGGGGUGGGGUGGGAGAAGAGAUGGCCAGGCAGGGGCCAGUUCCCUAGACGGCUAACAAUCAGGGCAGCCCUGCUGAGCAGGCUUGACCCAGGCAGCUGAAACCCAUUCGGGAUGCACUUGUGAACAGAGCCCACCUGGAAAGCAGCAGCAAAUACUGGGGGCAAAUGAAGUUGUCUAUACCUGAUCUUUCACGUGGAUUGCAAUGCAUAUAACUGGGACUCGAGCCCUCCGAAAUCCCUCAGUAUAAACUCUGGGGGAAACCAGCUAAUAAGCUAAGUGUGUUUCUUUCUCCUUUCGAAAUUCAUUUUUAACAAAGCAUGACCAGUUUGUUUUUGGAGACUUACCUUGCAAGGUGUAUUUUGUAAUAUUCGAGGAAUAAAAGUUACGACUGUU